AGAAGAAGAAAGGAUAUUUGUCUUUCAAAAAAUAAUACCGAAUGUAGCCAACCACAUGAAACAUGAGUUUGUUUUAUGCUUCCAAUUUCUACAUCUUUCACGUCUCUAAUUAGUAAUCACUUUUGGCACAUGUUAGGAUGUUCCAAAUUGCAAUCAUGAUCUGUCCCCCAAAACAAUCAUCAAUCGCACCACUUCACGUCACUAGGCGCAGAACAGAGUGGGUUCCAGAGAUUCUUUUACCCAAAAUAAACGGAGCGGAGUACAGAGCAGGCUGGUCUUGUAAGGUACAGGUUCAGAUUGUCUCUGCCUCCUCCCUUUGUAAUUUCUAUAAUGGGGAUGUAACCAUUUUCAGAUAUUAACUGCUGUUGGGUGCUUGAUUGUGGAUAAAAGAUGGUUUUGGAACGUGAUCAUAUUGUAAACAGUAGAGGAUUUUCUGGUAGUUUGAGGCAUGAAAAAUGUGAAAGCUACUUUCUUUUCCAUGGUGAAACUGAUCUUGGCGAUGCUCUACGAGCCAUUUUGUAUUUUCUUGGUAUUGCGUACUGUUUUAUUGGAUUAUCAGCUAUAACUGCCCGAUUUUUCCGGUCCAUGGAAAAUGUUGUCAAGCAUACACGGAAGGUGGUGGAGACAGAUCCUUGCACAAAUACGAAGAUCAUUAGAUAUGAAAAGGUGUGGAAUUAUACAAUUGCAGACAUAACUCUUCUAGCCUUUGGGACUAGCUUCCCUCAAAUAUCUUUAGCUACUAUUGAUGCUAUUCGAAACCUUGGAAAUCUAUAUGCUGGAGGUUUGGGUCCUGGAACGCUUGUUGGUUCUGCUGCAUUCGACCUAUUUCCCAUCCAUGCUGUUUGUGUUGUUGUUCCCAAAGCUGGAGAAUGCAAAAAAAUAUCUGAUAUAGGAGUUUGGCUAGUAGAGCUCUUUUGGUCUUUUUGGGCGUAUAUUUGGCUGUAUAUAAUCUUAGAGGUGUGGACUCCAAACGUGGUUACACUGGGGGAGGCAUUCCUGACAGUGCUGCAGUUUGGAUUAUUGCUUGUACAUGCUUAUGCCCAAGAUAAGCGCUGGCCCUACAUAUCUCUUCCUUUGGAAAGAGCUGAAAGGGCAGAGAACUGGGUUCCAGAAGAGGUUGCUUCAUGCAAGCAUGAAAACAUUGCCUAUGAGGACUAUCCUGAGCUACAUCAAGCUGGUGGGGACGAAAGUAGGAACAUCGUUGAUAUUUUUGCUGUCCAUGCAAGAAGACUCGUGUAUCAAAACCUGCCUGGUAAUGAUAUGCCUGAAUCCUCCAGUGAACAUUCUCAACCAAAGACAAUGUUAGGAGAUUCUCAUGUGCUCAGACUUUGGACACAGCAAUUCGCGGAUGCACUUAUGUUGGAAAGCUCAGAAUCAAGAAAAGUGAACAAUAUCUACCUACGCCUGGCAAGGAUUUCCUGGCAGUUACUACUUGCCCCAUGGAGAAUUUUGUUUGCUUUCAUACCACCUUAUCAAAUUACUCAUGGGUGGAUCGCCUUCAUUUGCUCUCUACUUUUCAUCAGUGGGAUAGCUUAUGUGGUAACAAAGCUCACAGAUCUAAUAAGCUGUGUUACAGGCAUAAAUGCUUAUGUUAUAGCAUUUACAGCAUUGGCAAGUGGAACCUCCUGGCCAGAUUUAGUCGCAAGCAAGAUUGCUGCCGAACGUCAGACAACGGCGGAUUCAGCCAUUGCAAACAUCAUCUGCAGCAAUUCGGUGAAUAUAUACGUGGGUAUUGGAGUUCCAUGGCUGAUCAACACUGCAUACAAUUUCAUUGCAUAUAGGGAACCAUUGCGGAUUCAAAAUGCAGGGGGACUCAGCUUCUCAUUACUUGUUUUCUUCUCAACUUCCGUAGGCUGUAUCACUGUUCUGGUAUUAAGGCGCUGGAAAUUGGGUGCUGAACUGGGAGGGCCAAGAAUUUGGGCCUGGACUACCAGUGUUUACUUCAUGUUGCUUUGGAUUAUUUUUGUUGUCCUGUCCUCCUUAAGGGUUUCGGGCAUCAUAUAAUUAUGUUUAGAAGAGAGCCAUGAGAAAAAGGAAAGCCAUUAUGCAGUGCCGAUCUCACCAAGUUCCCAGCAUGGGCGAUUUAAAAAAAUGAUGAUGAUACUUGCCUUUUUGCCUAAAGUCGCUGCUUGCAAAACUUGGAACUAGCACACGGCCAGAUUGCCCAAUGUUGUAAAAUAUUGUGUUCAACUGUUGCCUUCCUCUCUACUCCAUCUUGUAUCUUGUAGAUGUUGUAUAUGCAUAUAUGCACGAGAAGUUUUCAUAUGCAAGUGUACAUUCCCAGAAAA